AUGAAUUUCACCUCUGGAGCAGAUGUAUCAGAGCUGCUCUCGCUCGAUCAUAUCAGAAAUCAGCUCAUCCGGUUGGAAGAUACUAUCAUCUUUCGUAAAGCUCAAUUCGCUUACAACAAGAAGAUUUACCAAGCUGGAGAAUUUAAAGACGAGCUUCAAUAUGAUGGGAGCUGGUUAGAAUGGUUUUUAUUUGAGAUAGAAUCGUUUCAUGACAGUCCCGACGAACACGCUUUCACUUCACUGGAUAAAUUACCUCGACCUAUUAUCAAACCACAGUCUCUCCCCUCUCUUCUGCACCAGCCGGCAGCUAAACACCCAUCAGUAAAUGUGAACUCCCGAAUUCUUGAUUUUUAUGUUGGGCACAUCGUUCCAGGCAUCACAAGUAGCGUGCCAAAUACUUUAGAGGACGAUGGAAACUAUGGCAGCGCGGCCACUCGAGAUGUAGAGGUGUUACAAGCUCUCAGCCGAAGGAUACAUUUCGGUACGUCGUUGCACUUUUACCUGGCUGACCUUUUAGGCAUGUUCGUAUCCGAGAGCAAAUUCCUCUCUGCGCCUCAUGACUUUAUCCCUCAUAUCCUCAAUCCAAAUCCUGAUGCUCUGGCUGGGCUCAUCACUAAGCCCGCCGUCGAAGCAAAACUGCUGAUACGACUUGCCAACAAGGCAAGAGUGUACGGAUGUGAAAUGGAUGCCGACGGCAAAGUCGUCGAAUUACCUGAUGAAGAAAUGGCAUCUAGAGGGAAAAUUGACCUCGCUGCGGUUGUUGGCAUGUAUAGGGAUUGGGUCGAUUAUCUCCUUCAUAGACUGGACACAGUACCGCAAUCACAAAUAGAUGAAUGGAUGGCAAAGAAUUGA